CUCUGAUGAAUAUGCGUGUGAAAAUGGGACCUUUAUUUGUGAGAUUAUAACUUAUGAGUCUGAAAAGCAUGGCUCCCUGGUAGCUAGUGUCAAACCGGUCGCCGGGAACUUCUCGGAAAGACCGCUAGAACCUCAAACUGUCCUGGGGCUCGCCUCGAGAGCUGAGGAUUUAUAUGGUGGUGAAAUGAUGUUCAUUUCCAUUACAUUACCUUCAUCUAAAAUUGUAAGCUAA